AUGGGAUGCGUAAUUACAUCUGAGAAAGUCAACCAAUAAAAAACUAUGAUGUUAGAAUCUACAUUUAAUAAAGAACAGCGAGAAAAAGAUCAUAGGAUUUAAGCACAUGCUGUUUUAGAUGAGUAUCGUCAGACCAAAACAAUAAGAAAGUAAAUCAAGUUGCAAUAAGAUGUCAAGGAUGCCUUGUAAGAAUAACUUAUAAGAAAUAAAACAGUCACACCUCAAAAGUCUUCAAUAGUCAAUUGA